AUGGAGGACCUUGAGCCCUUGAGCCUGAAGGCUCGUGAGCCACAAACUGACGAAAAUUGUGAUGCAUUGUUUUUGAGUGAUUCACUUGAUUUUCUGCAUCUUGGAAAUGAAGAAUGCAUUAUUAUUGAAGACCAUACUGUCAAUUGGCUGUCUACUUCGGCACUUAGUGUCCAUUUCAUGGAUUGUGAUAGUCAGGAACACGACAACAACAAUAACACAGACAAUGUUACUGAUCUUGAAAUUUUUGAACCUCCACAGGAUACUGGUGUUGAAACAAGUUUAAACAACGGAAAUAAUGCAGUUGAUUCUCAGAAAAAGAGAGCAGUACCUAAAAAAUCAAGGCAAUGGAAGAAGUGUUCUGCUGUGGGAUGUACUGAUCCAGCAGAUAGCUUUAGGACAUUUCCAGCUUGCAUAGUUAAUGGGAACUUGCAUGAAGAGAAUUUGGAAAAAUGCAAAAAGUGGGUCCAAAAUUCAGGUAAUCCUGAUUUGUUAUCAAUUGUUAGGUUUCUCUACAAAAAGAGAUUUCUCUGUAUCAAGCAUUUUGACGACAAUCAAUUUAUAAACAAACUCAAAUCUACUUUAAAACCUGAUGCUAUCCCAACACUUUUUGAUUGUGAUCCACUGCCAGAUCACCAACUAACUUUAGCAUUUUCAUUUGCAGAACAAAUUUUUGAUGAUCAAGUGGAUGUUCAAGAAAAUAAUCAAGACAACAACCAUGAUGUUCCCUUUAAAGUAGACAAUUUUCAAAAACAAUUUGAAGACCACAUGAAUGGAUUAGAAUGGCGUGAAUGCAAGAACUGCAAAGAACGUUUUUAUGUUUCCAAAAAGUCUUCAACAAAGUGCAUUCAUGGAAGAGCAAACUGUCUGAAUUGUACAGAUGAUAAUAACAUGGAUCCUGGUCCUGUCCCUGAAGAAUUAUCCAAUUUAUCAUAUAUAGAAGAGCAACUCAUUGCGCUCAUUGCACCCAUUGUCAGAACAAGAAAUGAUCUAAAACCAGUUGACUUCAAUGUACGUGCAGAUAAAGUGAGAUCCGCAUUACUUUGGUUAAAAGCUAAUAAUGAGUAUUACUAUGAUAUUGACAUUUCUGAUGACAAUUUAAGUGACUUACCCCAAGAUGGUAAUGUCUAUGAUCAAGUGCAAACUAUUGAAAUUAAUGAUGAAGAAAAUGAUGGAGCAGCAAUGGAAAAUGACAUGGACAACAACAUUAACAGUGAUUGUUCAGAUGAAAGCAGUACAGAUGAGGAAGCAGAUGACAUUGAUGAUGAAGAAACUGAUAGCGCUUUAAAAGUUGUAGAAUCUACUGUACCCAUGAUAGGAAUGCCGUCUGAAAAUGCAAAGAAAGAAGAAUGGCCCAUCAUUGAAAAAGAAGCAAUUAAUGAAUUUUCUUCUGAAGGCUAUAUUGUUAAAGCUUUCCCUUGUCUUUUUCCCUAUGGAAAAGCUGACUUGAGGACGCCGAGAGAAUCAAAGGUACAGCCUCCAAAUUAUUUUAAACAUUUACUCAGAUAUCAUGAUCAGAGAUUUGCUCGGCAUCCUCGCUUCAGAUAUUUUGCAUUGAAUUCAUACAUGCGUUGGACUGCCCUUAAAGAAGGCAACAUGUUUGUUGACAUCAAUUCUGAAUUUAAAGACAUGACUAUAGCAGAGCUAAAGGAAGAAAUACAAAAAAAAAAAACAAAUGUUAUCAAAAAAAUUAUGUUCCAAUCCUCAAACAUUCGAGGGACAAAAUUUUAUUGGUAUGCACGGGGCAAAGAACUGAUAGCAAUGGUUGAACAAUUAAGUUUGCCUACUCUAUUCUUCACGCUCUCUGCAGCUGAUUUCCACUGGCCUGAUCUGUACAAGCUCCUUUCACCGGAUGAAGACCCUCAGACGAUAAAUGAAGCUCGUAGAAGACAAUUAAUAGCGGAAAAUCCAAUGACUGUUAACUACUUCUUUUAUGAAAGAUCGAAAUCAUUCAUUGAUUUGGUUCUUAAACCAAAGUUCAACAUCAAUGAUUACUGGUUUCGAGUAGAAUAUCAGCAUAGGGGCUCACCACACGUUAACGGCCUUUUAUGGACCCAAGAUGCUCCAGACAUCACAAAGCUGAGCUCAGCCAAUGAAGAAGAAAGAAAACAAGUCGCUGAAUACUUUCAUAAAUUGAUCAGUACCUUCCAUCCUAACAUAAAUGAACCACCAGCUCCUAUUCAUCCAUGUCGCCUGAAACCAUCUGAUGUCCAAAAUGAGAAACAAGAUUUAGCACAGCUCUUGAAUAAAGUGCAACAGCAUACAAAAUGCAACGAUGGAUAUUGUCUUAGAAUUAACAAGAAAACCAAGAGAAAAAGCUGUCGCUUUGACUUUCCUAAACAAUUGCAGGCAAAUACCACAAUUGUGGUUUGCCCAGAAACAAGAAAGGUUGAGUUAAUCACUGCAAGAAAUGAUCCACGCCUAAACAACUACAAUCCAUAUAUUAUACAAACAUGGAAGGCAAAUAUUGAUGUCUCAGCCGUUUUGUCCAAACAAGCAUUGAUAAAUUACUUGGCAAAGUAUAUUUCAAAACCGGAGAGAGAAUCAAAAUCCAUGGCUGAUGUGUUGAUAGGACUUCUUCAUAGUACUGAAGAAGAUGAGCAAGUGAAAUCAGUCCUUCAAAGACUUUACAUUCAGUCCUGUGCUGAAAGAGAUUUUUCAGCCCAGGAGACAUGUCAUCUUCUCAUGGGUCUUAAAAAAUAUGUUCAAGUUUCUCAAUUUCAGCAAAGAAAAACUACACAUUCCAUUCAAAGGUAUUGUGAAAGGGAAGAAGCUCAUGAAGAUAGAUGUCUAUGGUUCAUGAUGAAGAAUUAUAACUUAUCUACAGGCAAAAAGUACAAAAAAGAAGCUAUUGUUCAAGUGUAUCCAAUUUUGAAGUUACAUGCAACUGAUAAUGAAAAGAAUGAAGACUAUUAUAGGCAACAGGUCCUUCUCCACGUGCCUUGGAGGAAUGAAGAACAGUUUAAUGAAGAUGGCAAUUAUUCCUGGAAAGACAUUUUUGACCAGCACAAGGAAACAAUAUCUACAAACAAACAGCAACAAUUUGAUUUGUCUCAUAUGACUCCUGAAGAUUCUGAAUUCAUUGAAGAAGCUGCUUAUGAAGAUGAUUUUUGUUCUUCCGAAGAAUGGAUGUGUUUGUCCAAAAUGGGGCCUAAUCAGAAUGUAACAGAAGAUGAGUUAGGGAGAAGAGAAAUUGAUUUGAACCACAACUGGCAUGACUCUUUGCACUUAUAUGAUAAAUAUGGUGGUUUACCAGCAUUGCGUAGUUUCAUAAAGAACGCAAAGGAAACAGACAAAACACCACCAUGUGAAGUCCCCUACCCUGAUGAUCCACAAGUCACAGCAGACUUCCUUUUACCAAAGAGAAUAAUUAUUCAGGGUAAAGCAGGUACUGGCAAAAGCUUAGUGAUCCAAGCUAUGAAACACAAGAUUGUGCAAGCUUUCGGUCAUGAAGGGUUUCUUUUAGUGACACCAACUGGCGUCAGUGCAAAAGGUGUUGGCGGAAGCACAAUCCAUUCAGCUCUUCACAUAAACCUGAAGCAGAAAGAGUAUUUACCACUCAAAGGUCCAGCAGCUCACGCAAUGGAAGAAAAACUAAGCAAGGCUCAUUUCCUAAUUAUUGACGAGUUCAGCAUGAUUGGAUGCCAAUUAAUGGAUAUGGUAGAAGAGAGAAUAAGUCAAGGUAAAGGUGAUGAUUCUGCUGACUUUGGAAAUCUCUUUGUAUACAUCUUGGGUGAUGCCAGACAACUUCCUCCAAUUGGAGAUUCACCAGUCUAUUCAGACAAUGUUUCAUCACCUGAACGCCUAAGAGGCAAAUUAAUUUACGACAAUUUUGAAGGAGCAGUUGUACUAAAUCAGCAUGAAAAGGACUUCUUCAAAGAUGCCAUUCACCUGUUCCCAACUAGGCUAGAAGUUUUAAAACACAACAAAGACAAACUUAUGGGUAUGAAAACUAGUAAUGGACAGCCAAAACCUAUAGCAAGAAUACCAGCAAUUCAUAUUUGCAAUGCAGCUUCCCGUGGGACAAGAGAUGACGCAGAAGGUCUAUUUCCUGUUCUUCACUUAGCAGAAGAGGCCAGUAUUAUGUUAAAAAGCAAUUUAUGGACAGAAAAGGGCCUAGUGAAUGGUGCAAUGGGUCAUAUAGUCGAUAUAUUGUACAGGGAAGAUGCUGAUCCACAGACAGACCCACCUGAUGUCUUAGUAUGCAAGUUUCAGUCUUAUAAUGGACCAUACCUGGAUGAUGACCUUAAAACAGUCCCAAUUAUACCUAUGACAAAAUCUUGGACAAGCAAAAAUGGUGAAACUUGUAGCAGAACACAGUUUCCAAUAACAUUAUCUUUUGCCUGUUCUAUCCACCAGUCCCAAGGUUUAACUUUAGAAAAGGCCUACAUUGACAUAGGAUUAAAAGAAAUGUCACCAGGUAUAACGUAUGUUGCUCUAUCAAGAGUUAAGUCGUUGUCUGGCAUCAUCCUAAAAGGAUUCCCUGCAAAAAGAAUAGAGCUCCUGAACACCAAACAUUCCAUAAGAAAAAGAAAUGAAUGGAUCUCAGAGCUAGAAAGAUUCAACAUUACCAAAGCCUUUUAA